UUCCGACAGAGCAGUUAUAAAAACGCCUGAAAUACACAUUACAAAUUCCCAAUGGCGUGCAAUGCGAGCUAUUACCCCAAUUAUUUCUCUCUGAGUGAUAUAUUAGCGACCCAGGAUAGAGUUCCCUGCAAAUUCGAACUUUCUGUGUAUAAUUUAGGCUACCUUGAUCCAUCUAGUGGCAAUAAAGAUGUGGUUGCUGGAACAAAGCUGGAGCUUCCCUGUUGGCUGGCCAGAGCUCUCUGCUCAUCGAGACGGCAUAUAGUGUCAGCCCAGUUGCCAAAUACAUUUAAGGAACGAUAUAGAGAAAUUAUGAAAGCUGAUGCAAGUGUCGUAGAUUUGCACAAGCUUGGACCCCACUACUAUGAGUUAGGACAGCAUCUCCUACCACUAGCGGGACCUGAGGCAGCAGCGCUAGCCUCACUUUUGACACAAACUCUUAGAGAACGCUUACGAGGAAUAAUGGACUCUGCACAGAACUCUCUAAGGGACGAUGUAAAUGCCCAGAUUGCUAAAUUAGAUGAGCUUGAGAGGACACUCUUCCAUGCUGGCCAGAAAGCUCUCCAGGAUCACCAGUUGUGGCUGUCCCGCAGAGCUCACAUCCUCACCACUUCCACUAUGGUUGAUCAGCAUAAUAAGAGGAAAUUCUCUGCAAUUGAUUCAUGAAAAAAGGGAAAUUAAAUUUAAGAUUAUGUACAGAUUUUUUCACUUUUCUAGAAUAACAAUCAUGUCAUGAAGAAACAAUAUAUUGAAUAUAUUUAGAUUUGUAAAGACAAUGGAUUUGAUACAUAACUUAUGGUAUUUGAAAUUUUAAGGCUCAGAUAUUUGGUCAGAUUUGUAUGGAAUAAUAAAGCUAAACACAAACAAUGAUUAAAUAAAAUUCCAUUCUUGCUUACCUCUAAAAUUACCUGUUAUUCAGUCACAACAGAUUCUCCUGUAUAUGCUGAAGCUUACAUUUGUGUUAAAAAUGUGCAAUAUAUAGCAUUAAAUCAGUAUAAGUGAAGCUUGAGAAGACUGAAAAAGAUAUCAUGUAGUUUUAAGGCUCAGCAAAAUCUCUGUAUUGCUUAUAUUUUAUAGCAUGUCAUACAAUUUUUAGUUCUGAAAUGAUGCUGUUGUUAAUGACAUAUUGCUCAUUGCAUCCUUAAAACAGAAGGAGCAUAGAAGGCCCAUAUGAAGAAUGGAGAACACAGUGCAUCUAUAGUGUUUUAAAAUUGAAAAUGUUUUAAAUGCUAUAUAUUUUCAGUCAAAGGGAGCUGACAAAGAACCUUAGAAAUUUCAGUUAAGUAGGGCUCGAUUUGUUUUUAUUUUGGACAUAUAUCUCUAACACAACACAAACAGAAAGGUACAAAUAGUACCAACAAGCCAUUGGUUGUAAACAGCUGUGAUAAAUUUUUACAAAAAACAUUCACAUGAAGGCCACUGAUCCUGAAUAAAAGUUUUGUCCCCAGAACCUGGCUGUCCCUUUGCAUAUCUUUGGUAUUAUGAAGAAAAUGUAAUACCUAGGUGCCUUUGCUCUGCAAGACUUACCUGUUAUUAAACUAACUUGACAUUA